UUUGGAGCUGCAGUCGAAUCAGAAGAGUAUGGAAUCGUUUGGAAUGAUGAGAUGGAUGACUUCUCUACGCCUGGGAUGGCCAACGGGUAUGUUGGCAUCAAUUUGACUACGAUCAUCUCAGUGUUCGAUUACCAGAUUGCAAAAAAAACGUUUUUCCUUAUGUAA